AUGAGCCGCUCCGGGAACUGGGACAUGGACGGGCUCCGCGGGGACGGUGGGGCCGCGGGAGCCGCCCCCGCCUCCUCUUCCUCUUCCUCUGUGGCGGCGGCGGCGGCAGCGCCGGGCCAGUGCCGUGGCUUCCUCUCCUCGCCCGUGUUCGCCGGGACACAUUCGGGGCGGGCGGCAGCGGCGGCAGCGGCGGCGGCGGCAGCGGCGGCGGCCUCUGGCUUCGCCUACCCGGGAACCUCGGAGCGCACCGGCUCAGCCUCGUCGUCAUCUUCGGCUGUGGUCACGGCGCGCCCGGAGGCUCCCCCAGCCAAAGAGUGCCCGGCGCCCGCCGCCGCCGCAGCGCCUCCCGGCGCUCCAGCGCUGGGCUACGGCUACCACUUCGGCAACGGCUACUACAGCUGCCGGAUGUCGCACGGCGUGGGCUUACAGCAGAACGCGCUCAAGUCAUCGCCGCAUGCCUCCCUAGGCGGUUUCCCGGUGGAGAAGUACAUGGACGUGUCGGGCCUUGCGAGCGGCAGUGUGCCGGCAAACGAGGUGCCGACGCGAGCUAAGGAAGUGUCUUUCUACCAAGGCUACACCAGUCCCUACCAGCAUGUGCCGGGCUAUAUCGACAUGGUGUCCACUUUUGGCUCCGGGGAGCCUCGGCACGAAGCGUACAUCUCCAUGGAAGGCUACCAGUCCUGGACGCUGGCCAACGGGUGGAACAGCCAGGUGUACUGCGCCAAGGACCAGCCCCAAGGUUCUCACUUUUGGAAGUCAUCCUUUCCAGGGGAUGUGACCCUCAGUCAGCCGGACAUGUGUGUCUACCGACGGGGAAGGAAGAAGAGGGUGCCCUACACCAAACUGCAGCUCAAAGAACUGGAGAACGAGUAUGCCAUUAACAAGUUCAUUAACAAGGACAAGCGGCGGCGCAUUUCGGCUGCCACAAACCUAUCCGAGAGACAAGUGACCAUUUGGUUUCAGAACCGAAGAGUGAAGGACAAGAAGAUAGUCUCCAAGCUGAAAGACACUGUCUCCUGA